UGGUUGCUCAACGAUGAUAGCGUAAAAAGGUAAAAGGUCACCAAUCUGUCACCGGCAAGGAACCGGGCGAAACUCCGCUCAUCACUACUACACGACCUAAUAGCAAGACUUGAGAAGAUUCUAACAGAAGACUAAGGAUCGCAUUUAAUUAAAAUGGCCAAAAAGCGAAGAGAGAGACGAGAGGUGGACACUAUUUCGACAGAGACGCUAGCCGAAGAAGACACAAAGACAAAAGAAGGAGAUACCAUCAAAGGUCUGCCAUAUUCUGGAGGGGGAUCUGCCCGGGUGUCUCUCCUCAUCCUGCUGUCCAUCUUCACAUGUGCUGCCUUUGUCAUGUAUCUGGUGUACAGAAAUUUCCCAGACUUGACCGAGGAUGAGAGAGGGAGGAUAAAAAUCCCCAAAGACAUGGAUGAUGCCAAGGCCUUGGGCACAGUGCUGUCCAAAUACAAGGAUACCUACUAUACCCAAGUGCUGCUCGCCUACUUUGCAACAUAUGUCUUCCUCCAAACAUUCGCCAUCCCCGGCUCCAUCUUCCUCAGCAUCCUGUCCGGCUAUCUCUACCCCUUCCCCCUGGCCCUCUUCCUGGUCUGCCUGUGCUCCGGUCUGGGGGCCUCCUUCUGCUACAUGCUGUCCUACUUGGUGGGCCGACCCGUGGUCUACAAGUACCUGACAGAGAAGGCCCUGAAAUGGUCCCAACAGGUUGACAAGCACAGAGAACACCUCAUCAAUUACAUCAUCUUCCUGAGGAUCACGCCCUUCCUCCCCAACUGGUUUAUCAAUAUCACCUCCCCUGUCAUCAACGUUCCCCUGGGGGUCUUCUUCCUCGGCACCUUCCUCGGGGUGGCGCCCCCCUCCUUCGUGGCGAUAAACGCGGGGACGACCCUGUACAAGCUGACGACAGCGGGGGAGGCGGUGUCCUGGAACUCUCUGGCCGUGCUGGGGGUGCUGGCCGUGCUCUCCAUCCUACCCGUCUGCUUCCAGAAGAAGCUGCAGCAGAAGCUGGAGUAAACCCCUCCCUCCCCCAUCUCUCCCUUCACCUGCCUUCCUCCCCCUCAGCUCAGCUCAGGAAUGGUACAGGCCUCUGUCAGUCACACCGACUCCCUCCCUCCCCCCCCAACCCACACACCCACUCAGGUCACUGUGGAAACCCUGCCCAACAGCCCUGGUGUGUCCAUGAGGAAGGCAGUCACGGCCCCAAGCCUUCAUACUCCACAAAAGGCAGACUGCCCCCCCCCCCCCCC